AUGCUUGACACCAUCUGGGCAGAGUUGCCGGGGCAGGAAGUGGUUUAUCAAUGGGUUGAGUGGAUACGGAAUGCUUCAUUGUCACAUCUCUGGCUUGAUGGCAAAAUAAUGUUAGGCCAUGACAUUCCAACGCACAAAGGAGAUAUGCGGGCAAUCUCAAGAGAUGUCUCAUUGGAUGCUGUGAUCCCUUCAAUGCUCAGUUACAAUAGUAAGAAGCAUUACCAAGCAUUUCUUGAGGAUCUUCAUAUGUGCAUGAUAUGCAUUAACCAGAGCAAAGGUUCAAACUUCAUCAAACUCCCAUGCCAACACUUGUUCUGUGUGAAAUGCAUGGAGACCUUAUGCAAGAUGCAUGUGAAGGAAGGUAGUUUGUUUCAGUUGGUAUGCCCGGACACCAAGUGUAAUGCUUCGAUCCCACACUAUUUAUUAAAGAGGCUUCUUAGCAAAGAAGAAUUUGAACGUUGGGAUAGGCUUGCUCUUGAGAAAGCGUUGGACUCAAUGGCAUACAUGGUUUACUGUCCAAAGUGUGCCAUAGGCUGCAUGGAAGAUGAGGAUAACAACGCACAAUGUCCGAAAUGUUCAUUUACCUUCUGCGGUUCUUGCAAGGAAGUACGGCAUCCAGGGAAGCAGUGUCUAACUCCAGAACAAAAGCUCCAGCGCCGGAAGGCGUCAGGCAAGUUGAAUGAAAGGGGGAUGUCACAGGAAAUGCUGAACAUCAGAGAACUGUACAAAGAUGUUCGGGUAUGUCCAAAUUGUCGAAUGGCCAUCAACAGAAGUGCAAGCUGCAAUAAAGUGAUGUGCACUAGUUGUGGUCAGCUAUUUUGCUUUCGUUGCUGCAAGACAAUCAAUGGCUAUGAUCACUUCAAGAACUGUCGGCUCUUCGAGGCUACAGAUAUGACCGACUGGGACAAGCAAAUGAUUGAACUACAGAAUGGAAUUCAGAUGCAAGCUCAAAAACAACCAUUGGGCGGCACCAUAAGAUGCCCCAAAUGUCGCGAAACAAAUUUCAAGGAUGAUGAGAAAUAUGUCUUCUGUUGGGCGUGCCGAACCAGCUACUGCACACUAUGCAAACGGAUAAUCCAGGAUAAGAUACUAAAGAGGGGGCACUGGGGGUCACCGGAAUGCGUAGGGUUUGAUCAUUUAUAG